UUAAAUUAUGUAUUUUUUGUUGAGAUAAAUUUAAUUAACUUUUUAAAUUUUAUUAAUGAAUUACAAUUGGGUAAUCCUCCAUUUAAGGAAAAAAUCCAAUGUGGGUGCUCUAAGGAAAAAAUCUCAAACGUAACAAUAGCUUUUGCAUCUUCUUCGUUCUCUUCCUCAUCUCCACUUGGGCCGUGCAUCAUUGCAUUCACAGGCAUUGGCUGCGGGUGGGUUUCAAACCCAUGGGAGAAAGUGAUUCAUGGAAGCUAUUGAAGCAACUGGAGCUCAUAUUAGAAUCAGACCCAUUGAUGUAAGCUUGAUGAGAUUGGCUUUAUUCAUCAAUCUCAAUUUGAUGCACUGAAUGAAGAAAGCGGUACUUCCUUUUCGCCCGAUUCUGUGCCUCAAUCAACAGACAAAACUAAUAUUUCUAGUGAGGUUUUCUGGAGCCAGGAACACAAGUUGGGGAUCUCAAUCACAGCUCUUCAUCCACUGUACAAAGCAGCCAAACAUGCAUUCAUGGAUUCUCUGGGACAGUAUAGAAUGCAUACUGGUGUGACCAAAGAUAAAGAUGAAUAUAAUGAGGGUAAUGCAUCAUCAUCUUCUCUUAUUGCUCUUGAGAAUGAAGUUAUGAAACAUAGCACAUCAAUUUUGCUAAUCAGUUGUGAUUUUGGCACCGCAUGGAAUUUCAGGAAGCUACUUGUUUCACGCCGGCAAGAGCAUUCAUUGUUCAUGAAAGAACUAGAUUUUUCUGAUCUGGUUCUCUCAUAUUCACCUAAAAGUGAACAAGCAUGGAGUCAAAGGAGAUGGGUGAUCAAGAUGAUUGCUGGAAAGUGUUCUAAUUUUGAAGAGAUAGUGAACAAAGAAUCAGAGCAUGUGAAAAAGCUAGCCGAGAGGUCAAAAAUGAACUUUCGUGCAUGGAAUCACUGUUGCUGGUUAGUAUCCUACAUGUCAAUAGGACAAAUGUUUGGUGAGUUGAACAAGUCACGAGAAUGGGCUGGACUUCAUGUUGCUGAUAACUCCUGCUUUCAUUAUCGUGCUUGCAUAAUGCUAAGGAUAUUAGAAGCUUUCCUUGGAAAGGAUCAAAAUGGAUACUGUGGUGAAGAACUUGAUGUCUUGUGGAAGGAGGAGCUUGACUGGGUUGAGAAAUUGAUAAAGCUUUAUGUGGGUAGAGAGGCAUUGUGGCUUCACCGCCGCUUUCUUGCAUCGUGUUGGGUAAAGUAUUUUGCUGCUAGUGCUGCUACAUGUGAUAUUCAUAGGUUCGUGGAUAAUGAGUUACAACUAUUCAAUUCAUGUGCAACAAUAACUGAUCUCAACUUUGAAGAUUACCAAGCACAGGCAACAUUUGCUGCUACUUAUAUUUUGUGGCUCAACAAGCAAAUACUGGUGCAGCCCUUGGGAGUUGAGUUUCAGGGGAAGUUAAGAGUGAGCGGGCUGAAGCCUUUGUUGAUUAAUGCAUGCCCUGAGAGGGUUUCCUUUUGGGACUCGUUGGUGGAGAUGUGCGGAUUUGAAUGACUAAAAGCUUCCUUCGGCAUUCGGAAAGGUAACCCUUUUGGCCCAUUGGCGAUUUUGCCCUUUUCUUCAAUGCAUUAUGCCCUUCGGUAUGGUCACUCGAUUGAGAUCCUAUAUUAUACAUCUCGAAGUACGACGUUUAUCGUAUACCCGGCAUAUGCACAUUUACAAAUUAUGCCAUGCUCAUUUUGCACAUUUAUUUAUUUGCACUUAGAGGAUACACAUUAUAAAAUUGAUGUAUACAU